AGCAAAGGAAGAAAGGAGAGAGGGAGAGGGGAGCAGAUACUUGGGAACACAUCAGAGCAGGACAGACAGUUGAGUGUGAGGCGCUCAGCCGGCGAAGGACGCGGAGCAGGAAGGUGCAGGCGAUGUCGUGGGUUUCGUUUGUGGGUUCAGGGUGCAGGAUGACGGCUGCUAAGCUCCUCGUUCCUUUCCUUGUUCUCCAAUCAUUUUGUGAAGGCUCCAAUCAGCCACCACGCUUCCUGAACUACUUUUUUUCAACAUACCUCCUCAUAUAUGAAGACAUGCCCAUUGGUUCUUCAGUUGCUCAGCUUAAAGCUACGGAUCCUGAGGGCGAGCCGCUCAUUUACGGGGUUUCAGGAGAAGAAGCCAUGAGGUAUUUUUCUGUGAACAAGGACACCGGUGUGGUCUGGCUUCGACAGCAGCUCGACCGAGAGACCAAGUCAGAAAUGCAGGUCGAGUUCUACGUGAGUGACAUUCAAGAGGUGGUAAAAGAUACAGUAAAUAUUCAGAUUGGAGACGUGAAUGAUAAUGCACCAAACUUCCAUGGGCAGCCCUACACUGUUCAUAUACCGGAGAGCACAGCGGUGGGAACAUCAAUAUUCAUGGUGAACGCCACAGAUCCAGACCAAGGCACAGGGGGCAGCAUUCUCUUCUCGUUCCAGCCACCUUCUCCCUUCUUUGCUAUAGACGGAGCCAGAGGUACCGUCACCGUCACCAGACCGCUGGACUACGAAAGAACAUCUGCCUACCAGCUCACAGUGAACGCUACGGACCAAGACAAAUUAAGACCUCUGUCCCGGCUUGCAAACUUGGCUAUUACCAUCACUGACGUCCAGGACAUGGACCCUGUUUUCACCAAUCUACCCUACAGUACCAACAUAGAGGAGGGCGUUCCUCUGGGCUAUGAAGUGCGGACGAUCGUAGCCAUUGACCAGGACCGUGGCCAACCCAGAGGAAUUGGCUACACCAUCGUGUCAG